UUUUUUUUUAUAUCUAUCUUUCUCUUUCCCCUCACCCCUUUUUUUUCGAUACCGCUAUGAAUAUCCUACGUUUAUCAAGACAACCACUAUUUAUAUUGAAGCGUACCUUGGUUACAUAUACUUCAUCACCAAUAGUUAAAGUAAGUAGCAAUAUGAAAAUGAAUGUAGUUCUUUUUCUAAUUCCUUUGAUAGAGAAAUGGUCUAUCCAGGACGCAAAAAUCUAUGGUUUAUACUCCUUCUUUUAUCCGUCAUCCAUUCCAUACCACUGUUCAGCAACUAGGUGUCAAGUCCUUUCUAUUAGCAGAUAUUGGUGAAGGUAUUACGGAAUGCGAAUUAAUUCAAUGGUUUGUUGAACCUGGACAAACAGUUGCUGAAUUUGACAAGAUUUGUGAAGUUCAAUCAGACAAGGCCUCUGUUGAAAUUACGUCUCGUUAUUCUGGUAAAAUUACGAAGCUUUACCAUGAUGUACAUGACAUUGCAAAGGUUGGUCAACCUCUAGUAGAUAUUGAAGCGGAAGGUGAUCAAGAACAAUGCAAGAUAGAGGACAUUACGCCAAUGGAAGAAACUCCAACGACAUUGCAUCGAGAAAAACAUGACUCAUUUAUGGCUCCUUCUGUACGACGACUUGUUUUGACUAAUAAUAUCAAGAUUACGGAUGUGAAAGGAACUGGAAAAGGUGGACGUAUACUGAAAGAAAAUAUUCUAGAUCAUUUGAAUAGAAAGCUACAAGUGGAUGGAUCAACAUUGGUGGAUACAACUAUGCCAAUCAAAGAAGGAGAAGAUACAACAACCUCACUAUCAAUGAUUCAAAAAACAAUGUUCAAAACCAUGACACAAUCACUCACUAUUCCUCAAUUGGGUUACAAGGAUGAAAUAGAAUUGGAUGCUACGACACAAUAUCGAUCAUCACUAAAUGAUCAUAUCACCAAACACCAAAACAUGUAUCCUUUUACCAAGAUAUCCUACCUUCCUAUCUUUAUCAAAAGUUUAUCCAUCGCUCUCUCCUACUAUCCUAUUAUGAAUGCUAUGAUUACAGGUGAUCAAAAGGAUGUGAAUUCAUUACAAUUAAUAUAUCGUGGAUCUCAUAAUGUUGGUGUUGCUAUGGAUACUCCUCAAGGUCUGAUUGUGCCCAAUAUUAAGAAUGUACAAUCUAAAACUAUCUUUGAAGUCGCGGCUGAACUACAUCGAUUGGUGGAACUGGGUAAAACAAAUGCUAUACCGUUAGAAGAUCUUCAAAAUGGUACCAUCACUCUUUCCAAUAUUGGCACUAUUUCAGGUACGUACGCAAAUCCUGUUAUUGUCUCUUCAGAAUUGGCUAUUGUGGCUUUAGGCAAGAUGCAGAAAUUACCUAGAUUUGAUCAGGCUGGCCAGGUCGUGUCCAAGGAAAUUUUACCUAUCAGUUGGUCGGCGGAUCAUAGAAUUAUUGAUGGUGCUACUGUUGCUCGGUUUGGGAAUACUUGGAAAACGUUGAUUGAAAAUCCUGCCUUACUUACUAGUGAACUUCGAUAAAUUUACCAUAGAUUAGUAGUAUAGAUUUCUUUUUUUUUUAUGUAAAUUAAAAAAAUAAACAGAUUUAAUAUAGUAUAUUUUUUUUUU